AUGGCGGUGCUGCAGCUCCGUGCGGUGCAGUCUCUUCGGGUCGAAGCGGCCAAGCGCCGUGCUGGCGUGCAAGGUCUCCGCGCGCGUUCGCGCGCACCGGAGACCGUGCCCGUGCCGGCUGAGGCGUUGGAGGGCACGGUUGCCGAGUUGGCCGAGUGGCUGGUGACGGAAGGAGGCCUGGCCGGGCUGGCCGGGGCCGUGCAGCUGGGAGUGGAUGGCUUUGCAUUGCUCCCACAGGAGCCUUGCUCCAAGCUUCUCAGGAGCUCAGAUGAGAUCAUGGUCUGCUCGCCUCCGCAAGCCAUCGCUGAUGCUGCAGAUUGUGCCAUCUGGACCUCCCUUGAACAAAGUCCAGUCGAUGAGAAUCAACGAGGGCCCUUGGAAAAGGAUCAGCGAUCCGUGAGGAGAUCCACUGAAGAAGCGCCUCCCAAGAAGUCGAAGAAGGGACCGAAAGCCAUCGCCGAUGCGCCAGGUGCUCCGCUCGAGGAACCGCGGGAGAAGCCGAAAACCAUGCCUGCCCCCGAGCCUUUGCAAGGUGAUCGCAGAAACACCUCCACGCCGCAGCGGAAGACGCGGCCCCCCAGUGACCUGGAAGAGUUGCUCCAAGCACAAGAGCGAAGGAUUCAAGAGCUGGAGGAGCAGAACGCGUUGCUUCAGAGGAGCCUGGACGCCCGCGACUGUAGUGAGACGUCAGGCCGUGCGUGGGCGGCCGUGGAGGUGGGUGAGCUGCGAAAGGGGCAGGUGAUUUCCUAUCAGCUGGAUUUGAUCGAUGCCUGGAAGGGCUGCAUGAUACGAUCUGCUCCCAAGGUCUCUUGCUUGAUGGAAGAGGUCCCGAGCUUGCGACGAAAGCGGGGUGAGGCACGAAUCAUGGCACACAAGGGGAGUGCCCACGUCUUGGCCUUACGACCCGACAGCUGGGCAGCUGGUGGGGUCGUGGAUCGUUUCAUCUCUCAGGUGGCGCUCAUCACCAAGGUCUCCCGGAACACCUCUGGACCCAGCUUCGCCCUACGCUGCGAAAGUGGCGGGGUGGAUUUUGUGGAGGGCUCCUGCCUCCGGAACGUGAAGAGGGAGCCAGCUGUGCAGAGAGCCGUCGAAGAGGUUCUGCGGCAGUGCGGCCGCAUCGACGUCCUCGUGCAAGCGGCGGGCAUCACCGGCAAGACCAACGUGAAGACCCACGAGGUGGAUGUGAACGACUUCCAACGAGUCUUCGACGUGAAUGUCAAAGCUGUGUUCCUGUGUGCCAAAACAGUUCUGCCCUCCAUGCUGAAGGCUGGCUACGGCCGAAUUGUGAACAUCGCUUCCAUUUCUGGCAAGGAUGGAAACGCUGGGAUGUUGGCCUAUUCGUCUUCCAAGGCUGCGGUGAUCAAUCUCACCAAAGUCAUGGGCAAAGACUAUGCCGCCAGUGGGAAGGAUAUCACCAUCAACUGCAUUGCCCCGGCGGUGGUUCAGACUGCGAUGGUCGAUGCCAUGCCACCAGAGCAAGUGAAGUACAUGACUGACAAGAUCCCAAUGGGCCGGACCGCCAAGCUUGAAGAGGAUGGAAUCCACCUCCAGUUUUGGGGCAGAACCACAAGAAGGGCCCGAAACAGGGACAAGGAGGAGGUAUUGAUGCACUUCGUUGUCGCCGCCACCGUGCUCUUCGCCGCGUCCGGCGAGUGUUCCUUUACCACCGGAUUUUGCUUUGAUGCCAGUGGCGGCCGCACGGUCUACUGA